AAGAUUAACCGCUCUCUCUCCUCUCUCUCUCUCUCUCUGGCCCGUUCAAAGUCAAAUAGGAGUACUAAGUAGUAUUUGUCCAAUUUCCCCCCCUCUGGCCCUCUCUCUCCCUAUAAAUUAGCAUAGACGAGCCUUCUUUUGUAACACACAAUUCCUUAUCCGUUAUCCACGCCAUUCCCAAAUUGGGCUCUCGUUUCUCUCUUUCAAUCUCUUCGGUUCAUAUAUUCAUAUACACAACACGUAGAAUACAUCUCUUGAUCCUAAAGAAUGGCGACUGCGGUUGGGUUUGUUAGCGGCGGUGCUUAUGGGUCCUCUUGGAUUCGAUCGAAGAACAAGGCGGUGAGGGGUAGUGACAUGGUUUGCCGGGUUUCUUGCGUUUCUUCUUCUACCACGACGAGAGACCCGUACAAGACCCUCAUGGUUAAGCCUGAGGCUUCGAAAUCUGAGGUCAAGAAGGCUUUCAGACGGCUUGCUCUUAGGUAUCAUCCGGAUGUAUGCAGAGGAGGCCAUUGCAGUGUCCAAUUCCAACGCAUCAAUGAAGCUUAUGAUAUGGUGAUGAGUAAUUUGAGAGGAGAGUUAACCAGGCCAGAGAUGAAGAUGUACGAGCCAUCCGAUGCAGGAACUCAUGAACGGAAGAGGGGGACGUACGACUGGAACGGUGCGAUGGACGACCCUUUUUGGGACGAGUCGGACGUAUGGUUGGGAGUCGGGAUGUGAAGAAGGAGCAUGGGUUCCCAACUACUCAUCUAUCAUUGAUCCCGAUGACUGAAAAUUAUUAGCGCCAUGUAAAUAUGAAAGUUUUAAGAUCCUCCUCUUGCAUCAAUCGAAAUGGGGUUGAUGUUUGUGUGUAUUGAAGUGAGGGAGUUUACUUGAUGGUUAUUUGAAUGUAAAUAUUCGGUGAUUAAUAAAUAUGCUGAAGGCGAUUUAUAUUUUUUAAA